AUGCCGCAGCCGGCGACCGACCCUCACACCGACGAUAGCUCCAGUCCGGCUCCCGAAGACGAUGUGCCGGAUCCAAACCCCCCAAUGAUAUACUACACCGCUGCAGGAAGUGGCGUUGCCGAAGUCCGAGUCAUUCUAAGCGGUUUUGUCUUGCACGGCUUCCUUGGUCUAAAAACGCUCGUUAUCAAGAUGGUUGCAUUGGUCUUCUCGGUUUCUUCCGGGCUCAGUCUCGGCAAAGAGGGCCCCUACGUGCACAUGGCUGCGUGUGUUGGAAAUAUCGCCUGUCGUCUCUUUUCAAAGUACGACCGGAACGAUGCCAAGAGACGCGAGGUUCUCUCCGCGGCCGCGGCAGCCGGUGUUGCCGUUGCCUUUGGCGCCCCUCUUGGGGGAGUCUUGUUUGGAUUAGAGGAAGUAUCAUACUUCUUCCCUGCAAAAACGCUCUUCAGAACAUUUUUUUGCUGCAUCGUCGCCGCCUUGUCCCUCAAAUUCCUAAAUCCAUACGGAACACACAAAAUUGUCAUGUUUCAAGUUCGGUACUUAGUCGACUGGGAAUUCUUUGAGCUUGGCAGUUUCAUUCUGGUGGGCGUUCUUGGCGGUGCACUGGGUGCGUUAUUCAUCAAAGCAUCCAAGCACUGGGCACACACCUUUCGUCGGCUCAAGGUGAUCAAAAAAUAUCCAAUGUUUGAGGUCUUUCUCGUCGCAUUAAUAACCGGACUAUUGAGCUAUUGGAACGCAUUGACCAAGCUACCCGUGGCAAAGCUGCUCCUGAACCUCGCUUCACCCUGCGACGAUUCGACGGAUGCGAAUCGGGAUGAGCUCGGCUUGUGCCCCGACUCUAUUGAUGACAUCCCAGGGAUUCUUAAGACUCUGGUAGUCGCAUUCUUGAUCAAGGGAUUUCUGACUGUCAUCACAUUCGGUAUCAAAGUACCUGCUGGUAUUUACAUCCCGUCCAUGGUUGUCGGUGGUCUAAUGGGCCGCAUGGUUGGUCACCUCGUCCAGUGGCUCGUCUUGGCGGCACCGAAUUGGGCUAUUUGGGGAAACUGCGCAACGGCAGCCGACGGUACUUGCAUUCAGCCUGGUGUAUAUGGGCUGAUUGCAGCUGGCGCGACAAUGUGUGGAGUCACACGUCUGUCAGUCACGCUGGCCGUCAUCCUGUUUGAAUUGACUGGCAGUCUGGACUAUGUCUUGCCGUUCUCACUGACCAUUUUGGUGGCUAAAUGGACAGCAGACGCCAUUGAACCAAACAGUAUCUAUGACCUUUUGACUUCUAUGAAUGCCUACCCUUUCCUGGACAAUAAGCAUAAGCCUGUUUUUACAGGCGACCUCGCCGAUAUCAUUACACGCUUCCGACGGGAGAGAAUCAUAGACAUUACAAACUCCCCGCUCGUUGCGGCGACCAAGCUUAGAUCAAAGCUGGAGAUUCUGCACCGUGCUGGAGAACUUGAUGGUGGUCUGCCAAUUCUGCGUCACGAUAUCCUGGUGGGGUUGAUCCCGGCGCCAGACUUGGAGUUUGCACUCGAUCAACUUGAGGAUGAGGCAACUAGUUUGUGCCUCAUGGAUCGAGUGCCGAGUAUUGACGAGGAUGAGGACGACUCUGUGGACCCUACGGACUUUACGCCGUAUAUUGAUCCGGCUCCGGUGGCGCUUGACUUGCGCUCUCCGACAGAUCUUGUUUACGAAUGUUUCGUGAAGCUUGGUCUGCGAUACAUUUGCGCUACCAAGGACGGACGGUAUGCUGGGAUGAUUCACAAGAAGACGUUCGUAAGACAUAUGCGUGAGAAAGAGGAGGAGCAAAGCUAG